AUGACUGAUAUUUUAAACAUUGCCAGGGAGCCGAUCUUUGACAACCGCAUCGUCAAGAUCGAGACUCACACAUACAAUCCAUACGCCAACACAACGUUUGCUCACAGCGAUGAGAUACGAAUACCCAUACAGCAGCAGGAUUUAUACACGUUGCCGUGCGACAGUUUUCUCUACGUCGAAGAAAGAUUGACGCUGAAGAAGAAAGAUCAUGAUUCGCCAACAACGCUUGGAAAUAAUUGCGUGACGUUCAUGUUCGAUGAAAUUCGAUACGAACUGAACGGUGUGGAGAUUGGCCGCAACGGAAACGUCGGAGAUACCAGUACCCUCAAGAACUAUGUGUCGCUGACGUACGACAAAUCUUUGAUUGUGCUGAAAGCUGGAUGGAACACUAGAUCCGACAUGGAGGAAGGAUACUUUAAUUUUUGCGCACCGCUCAACAUGUUGGGCUUAUGCGAAGAUUACAAACGCGUGGUCGUUAACGCUCGUCAUGAAUUGAUUUUGAUACGAGCGCGCAACGAUUACAAUUGUUUGGUGGGUAAUUCUGAGACGAAGCCUGAGAGUACUACCAAACAUUCAUGGGCCGUCAAAACGGCGACUCAGCUUGAGAAGCCGCGAUACGUUAUCUUUGCUCUGCAGACCGGACGAAAGAAUAUCAUGUCUCGAGAUGCUAGCCUGUUCGAUGAUUGUAAUUUGAGCAACGUGAAACUCUAUCUAAAUUCAGAGUUUUAUCCGUACGAUAAUUUGAAUUUGGAUUUUGGCAAAAAGAGAUACGCCGUUUUGUUUGAUAUGUACACGCGUUUUCGUAAAGCCUAUUACGGAAUCGACUGUUUCGAAACGCUUCUCAACGUGCUCUCGUUUAUCGAGAAAGGGCCUUUCGCGGUUAUUGAUUGUUCGCGACAAAACGAAUCCGUCAAGAGCGCAACCGUGGAUGUACGCAUAGAAUUUGACUGCAAAGAGAAUGUGCCUGCUAGUGCUACCGCAUACUGUCUCAUCAUACACGAUCGUGUAAUCGAAUACAGUCCGUUGUCGAACGUAGUGCGCAAGAUCAUGUAA